AUGAUUGCGCGUUAUUGCCUGACUCGAGGGAUUUUAUUUUAUGGUUGUUAGCCUAUAUGUAUUUGUCGUUUCUGCUUCUUAUUGCGAGAAAUCAUGCACGUUUUCGCGCUGUUUCUUUGCGGGAUCAAACAAAAGAACUUGAACACUAGUCUACUCCAUUGAAAUAGGGGCCUUAUCAUUGGGUCCAAGAGUUAGUAGCAUCCGUAAAACAUAGUAGGCUCUGCUUGCCGUUCCAAUAAUAUAUUCAGGCCGAAUGCAGUCGAUGGAAGUUGGCAGUGCUAGUCGUUAGGGCAAAGUGCUUGGGCGAUUGUUGGCCUUGGCUCUUACAAAACGUAGGCUAUAUUUGAGAGGUGUUGUUUGCGUAGGCUCAACAGGUGUCAUCAAUUUAGGAGAGAAUCAAGAACUUUGAAUUUCACCAGGUUUUGUUUUUAUGUUGUAAUUUCUGAGAUUUUCAUAACAACACUCUGUUGAACAUUUUGCACUAUCUCCAUAGAAUUGUGUUAAAAAAAGAAUCUGAAAAAAUGCUUUUACAGCUUUAUUCCCUGAUCAUAAUCAGCCUUGACUUCUGCUUCAUGGUAUGCAAAGCGUUAGUCAUGUGGCUUUGCAUCUUCUAUCGAACCCUGUUUCCUGCUGAACUAAAACCUAUUUCUGGAAAGAUUGUUCUGAUUACAGGUGCAGGACGUGGCAUUGGCAGAGAAGUUGCAUUACAAUUUGCACAGCUUGGAUGUUUAAUUGUUUGCUGGGAUGUCAACUUAGAAGCUGCUCAGGAAACUGCCAAAGAAGUUGAAGCUAUCGGUGGCAAAGCAUGUGCAUUUCAUUGUGAUGUUUCACAACAGCAGGAUGUUGAAGAAAAAGCUAAACAAGUAAAAACAGUGGUACCACAUGUUGACAUUAUAAUCAACAAUGCUGGCAUCAUGCCUUGUCAUCCCUUCCUUAGUCACAGCAUCCAAGAAAUUGAUCGAUGCAUUGACAUCAAUGUGAAAGGUUGCAUUUGGGUUGUACGAGAGUUUCUUCCAGGAAUGAUAGAGCGUAAACAAGGUCAUCUAGUUUCCAUGUCCUCAAUUGCUGGCGCAAUGGGGUGUGAAAACGUUGUUCCAUACAGCGCAUCAAAAUUUGCUGUACGGGGAAUGAUGGAAGCAUUGACUGAAGAAAUGCGACGGGACAGUCGCAAUUUAGAUAUCAAAUGCACUACCAUCUGUCCCUUCGUUGUAGACACAGGACUUUGUCAAAGACCUCGCGUCAAGUUUCCUAGUUUCUUACGCGUUACGAAUGUAAAAGAUGCAGCUAGCAUUAUCGUUCGAGCUGUGAGACGUGGAGAUGCACUUGUUUUCAUGCCCGAAUAUGUAUAUUACUUUUGGCUUCUUAUCAAAAUCUUACCAUCCCAAGUGUACGAUUAUGUCGUAGAUUUUUUCGACACUGGAUUGGAACCGCAUGACGAAUGAAAAUUGUCGAAUCUCCUCAAUAAUCUACAGAUUUCGGUCCUUAUCACCCUCAGCCAAAAUUGGGGGUGCUGCUGGUCGCUCAUUGUAAUUUUAAUUGUGUGUGUAUUGUGGGUCCAUCAAUUAUACUGCGCUAUGAAAUUUAAUAAUAAAAUCUGACAUGACCAGUAA